AUGCGCGAGCACCCGUCCCUGAAGCGGAUCCUGAAGAACCACGACUUCGACCGCGACCUGCCCGACGCGGACCGGCUCCACCAGGUCGCCAUGCUCUUCGAGACGGGCGGGUUGGGCAUCCGCAAGUCGCCCAAGGACGCGCUCCGGUUCCACAAGUUCGCGGCGGUCCUGGGCCACCACCGGUCCCAGGGCGUCAUGGGCGAGUACUACGAGACGGGCACGACGGAGCAGCGCAACCCGCGGCGCGCCCGCGCGCUCUACCGCGAGUCGUCGCGCGCGAGCGACAGCCGCGCGCAGUACAACCUCGGCCGCGUCUUCUACCACGGGCUGCUCGGCCAGCGCGCGAACCGGCGCAACGCGCGCCUGCUCUUCGAGAAGGCCGCGAAGCGGCGCGAGAAGUGCGCCCAGGCCGCGCUGGGCUACAUGUACGAGAAGGGCGAGGGCCGGUGCCGGAAACAACCGGUGGAAUGGACCCGCGAGGGCGACCUGAAGACGGACUACAACCACGCGAAGCGCUACUACGGCAUGGCCGCGAACCAGGGCUGCGAGCGCUCCGCGUUCAACCUCGGGCACCUCUUCGAGAAGGGCCUCGUGAUCACGGAGAACGACGUCGUCCGCUACGCGCUCGCGAAGCAGUGGUACGAGCGCGCGGAGGCGCUCGGCUACGCGCGCGCGGAGCAGCGCAUCGCGCACAUCGCCACGCUCGACGCCGCGUCGCCGGAGCCCACGGUCGAGGAGAAGAAGAAGGAGGCCGACUCGGACGUCGACGAGAUGAUGGACAGCGACAACGACGGCGAGACGAAGAACGAGCCGGGCGCGGGCCGCGGCUCCGAGGGCGCGAGCAUCCUCGGGAGCCUCAACAUACGGUAA